GUGGGUAGGAACGUCGCCCAGCAACCAGGUGGCAGCAUUCCCCGGAGCCAGGGCCACACAGCUGCGCCCAGCCCUGCCCAGCCUCUCCAGAGCCUGUAGGACUCCUGGGACCCUGACCUGACUCCCUGAGACCAGGACAGCUGCACCUCUGGUCACAAUGAACCUCAUCCUCACCAGGGACAGCCAGGUGAGAGGGAUGGAGAACACAGUGACCAACGGCGAGAAGUACUUUGGCCAAUUCUGCUCACUACUGGCCUCCUACACCCGCAAGACGGCCCGGCUGCGGGACAAGGCCGACCAGCUGGUCAAACAGCUCAUGGACUUCGCCAACACGGAGAACCCUGAGCUGCGGGCUACCCUGAGGAACUUUGCUGAGGACCUGGCCAAAGUGCAGGACUACCGGCAGGCAGAGGUCGAGAGGCUGGAAACCAAGGUUGUGAACCCCCUGAAACUCUACGGAGCACAGAUCAAGCAGACCCAGGCUGAGAUCAAGAAGUUCAAACGUGUCCGGAACAACGAAAUCAAGCAGCUGGAAAAGCUGGAGAAAGUGAGGCAGAAGUCACCCUCGGAUCGGCAAAUGAUCUCCCAGGCAGAAACGAGUGUACAGAGGGCCUCGGUGGACGCCAGCCACACCACGCGGCAGCUGGAGGAGACAAUUGAUGCCUUCCAGAAGCAGAAGCUGAAGGACCUUCAGAAAAUUUUUUCAGACUUUGUAACCAUUGAGAUGGUCUUCCAUGCUAAAGCAGUGGAGGUGUAUUCCAGCGCCUUCCAGACCCUGGAUAAGUAUGACAUGGAACGAGAUCUUGAGGAUUUCAGAGCCAAAAUGCGCGGAGCUUAUGGGCGUUAUGAUGUUCGGCCAGUCCCUGACACCAACACCUCUUCAUCUGUUCCUUGGGCUCUCACCAGCCAGAGUGCUCAGAGCACCCUCCAGAGCCAGAAGAAAGACGAGGAGGCCACUGAGGAUGGCUCUGUGGAGGAGGACCCAGUGGAGGAUCUCAGGGCGCUCCACAAAACUGGAUUUGGCACACGGCACCUCUGUGGGUGA